UCUGGGUAAAGUGCGCCCGGUAUCCGCCCAUAUUCGCUUGAAGGAGGCCAACCUGAGCAGCUAGGCCGGACGCUGGAUCAAAUGGAAAGUUCAAUCGAUUAAAUUGCCCACUUUUUCGCAUGUUCCCACUUGCUUCUUAUACGAGGUAGACCGACUUAAAUGCGGGUGUUUCGGUGUGAAAUAGGAAAUGCAGAGAUCGUGUGAAACGAGAGGAUUAUCAGCUUGACUUAUUUGGUCGCUACUUCGGACGCGGAACUCCACUCGCUAAAAGGUGAAUCAUGACAGAAUAUAAGUUGGUAGUGGUGGGAGCUGGUGGCGUUGGCAAGAGCGCACUUACGAUUCAACUCAUCCAGAAUCACUUUGUGGAUGAAUAUGAUCCCACCAUCGAGGACUCUUACAGAAAGCAGGUCGUGAUCGAUGGAGAGACGUGUCUGCUGGACAUCCUGGACACUGCAGGUCAGGAGGAGUACAGUGCCAUGAGGGAUCAGUACAUGAGGACCGGGGAGGGCUUCCUCUGUGUCUUUGCCAUCAACAACACCAAGUCCUUUGAGGACAUUCACCACUAUAGAGAACAGAUUAAGCGAGUGAAGGACUCCGAGGACGUCCCCAUGGUGCUGGUGGGGAACAAGUGUGACCUCCCGUCCCGGACAGUGGACACAAAGCAGGCUCAGGACUUAGCACGCAGCUACGGCAUUCCCUUUAUCGAGACCUCAGCCAAAACCAGACAGAGAGUGGAAGAUGCCUUUUACACUCUGGUACGGGAGAUCAGACUGUACCGGCUCAAUAAGCUCAGCAAAGAAGAAAAGACUCCGCGCUGUGUCAAGCUUAAAAAGUGUGUUGUGAUGUGAAAGGGGGCGUUGAUGAUGCCUUUUACACAUUAGUGCGAGAAAUCCGGAAGCAUAAGGAGAAGAUGAGCAAGGAGGGCAAAAAGAAGAAAAAGAAGUCCAAGACAAAGUGUACACUUAUGUGAAUGACCACCCCUUUUCAAGACAGACAAAAAAAAGAA